UAUGAUGACGUUGAUGUUACUUAAGUACCAUUGGGAAAUGGUAUACACACCAACGAGACCAAGACAGCCUAUUAUGGCUGAAUAUAACAGCCCAGGUCCCGCCUCCUAUAAUUUACCAUCAACAGUCGGGUUUCAAAGGCAUGAUGUUUCGAAAGAUCGAGGGCCUGCUUGGCAAUUCGGAAUUAGACACGGGCAUUUAACAAAGGAUUCGAGUCCAGGGCCUGUACACUAUCCCUCUGCGAGACAUACUCGUUAUGGCCGAGAUGGUACUCCGAGUUUUACUCAAAAAUCCCGACCAAAAACUCCCAAGUAUUUUAAACCACCCGGACCCGGAACUUAUUCCCCGGAAAAUGCUGGGCCAUCGGCAUCCCCUAGAGCUCCAUCGUUUUCUUUAGGGAAGAGAACAAACUUAAGAAGGGAAGACAGUAAUCCUGCUCCUAAUAAUUAUUCUCUGCCAACCCUUCUUGGUAAAUCCUUCGAAGGAGAUAAGGAGCAGGCGCCAAGAUAUAGCCUGUAUGGAAGAUCCAAAACAGGGGGAUUUGAUGAAGAUUUACAAAAAACUCCGGGUCCAGGAACUUAUCGCACUGCUGAUCCGAACUCAUACAGGCGAAGAGAUCCAUUAUAUAGUUUGACAAGUCGUCAUGUUCCACCAGGUGACGCCACCAGGAAGCCGGGCCCAGGAGCACAUUCACCAGAAAGGGUCGUCAUUAACAAAGCUAUAGCUCCAUCAUUCUCAUUUGGUGUCCAUCACAGCCCAUAUACUGCUCCUAUAAUAUUUAGCGAUAUCGAGGGAUAA